AUGGAGUCGUUUCCCCCUCCCCCGGUCACUACGAUUGACUGGACCAAUAUGGACAAGAACUUCCAGGUUCAUGAAGUCAUAGUCAAUGGUCAUAUCGAGUCGACCUACUCGAAGCGCACUGGGAAAUGGAGUCCCCUCAGAUUCGUCACGGACCCAUACGUGAGGAUCCACGGCAUGUCGCCUGGGCUCAAUUACGGGCAGCAGGCGCUGGAAGGAUUUAAGGCGUUCCGCACACCUGGCACGCCCGGCGGCAUUGUCCUGUUCCGGCCGGACCGCAACGCCAUGCGGCUGCAGCACUCGUGCGACGUGCUCUCGAUGCCGAGGGUGCCUGUCGACAUGUUUCUGCGGGCGUGCCGGGCCGCCGUGGGGGCCAACGCUAGCUAUGUUCCUCCGCACGAGUCUGGGGGAGCGCUCUACGUGCGGCCGCAGGUGUAUGGGUCGAGCGCACACCUGGGGCUCAGCGCGCCCGACGAGUACACGUUCAGCGUGUUUGUGGUUCCGACGGGGGCGUAUCUGGGCACGCAGCCGGUCAAGGCGCUGAUUCUCGACGACUUUGACCGUGCCGCGCCCAAAGGCACCGGGCACGCCAAGGUGGGUGGAAACUAUGCCCCGGUGCUGCGGUGGAGUGACCAGGCGAGGGCCGAGGGCUUCGGCAUCACACUGCACCUGGACAGCGCGCGGCACGAGGAGGUCGACGAGUUCAGCACGUGUGGCUUCAUCGGGGUGCACUCGCGCGAUGGCGACGUGACGCUGGUGGUGCCGGACUCGCCGUGCACGAUUGACAGCGUCACCAGCGACAGCGUGCAGCACAUUGCACGUGACGUGGGCUGGCGGGUGGAGAAGCGGGCGGUCGGGUAUGCGGAGUUAGCCGGGUUUAGCGAGGUGCUUGGCGCCGGCACGUCGGUGGUGCUCGUGCCCAUCCGCUCCAUCACGCGCCGGCGGCCCACUGCGUGCCGCCAGCCGCCGCCCCACAACGCCAACGACAACGACAACGACCACGCUGACACCGUCAUAACCUAUCUCGCCGACGGGCAGCUGAGCGGCGGGCCCGUCUACUCCAGGCUGCUCGCGCAACUGGGCGCCAUCCAGCGCGGCAAGGCCCCCGACAAGUUUGGCUGGCUCGUCGAGGUGCGCGCAGAGGACCAGAACAUCGGCGGCGGGGACAGUACAGAGCUAGAGUAG